AAUAGUUAUGUUGUGAUACCAAGCUCAGACGGAACACAGUGUGAAAUUUUAGAAAAUACAGUGUUUUUAUAUAAAUAUUGUUAAAUCAAGAUAUAUAAGAUGUCGAGCGAGGUGGUUGAACCCUCUGCCGAGAUUGUUCCCGCAAAAAGCGAGGAUAAACUUGAAAUAGAGAAGGAGGAGAAGGAGAAGAUGGAACAGGAAGAGAAGGAAGAACAGGAGACGGCAGAGAAGGAUAAGGAGGAGGAGAAGGAGGAGGGAUCAUCUAAAGAUGCGGAAGGAAGUGAAGAAAAAGAAAAGACAAAGUUUAGUUUGUCAAAAGUUCAAUUAAAAACUCCGAUUAAAGUGAUUGCUGAUAUUAGAUCUAAAUCUAAGGAACGGAAAAAGAAGAAGAAGAAAGGCAAGGGAGGAAAGGGGAAAGGAGGAGGAGAAGAAGAAACAGAAGAAAUAGAGGAUGUAGAUAAAAAACCAGAAGAAAAAGAAGACACAGCAAAAGACAAAGAAGAAUUAAAAGAAACAGCUGAACCAAACAAAGAAGAAAAAGAAGAACCUAAAACCACAGAAGACAGUGAAAAAGAAAAGAAAGAUGAUGAAAAGGAAAAGAAAGAUGAUGAAAAAGAAACAAACGAAAAAGAAGCUGAAAAAGAUGCUGAAAAAGAUGCUUCCCCAAAGGAAGAUGCAAGAACCCGAGUAAAGGAGGCAUUUGAUUCAAUUCAUCUACCUAAAAUGCCAAAACUACAUAGACCAGAUUUUAUGAAGAAAAAAGAAAAAGCAGAAAACAAGGAAGAAGAACCAGGAACUGAAAUGGUUGAUGCUCCUGGGGAGAAAGAGAUCCUUGAGAAGAAAGAAGAAGCUGCUGAAGCAGAUUUAACUCUGGAGAAGGUUGAAGAAGGAGAAGAAAGUGAAGAAAAGGUUGAGCAGGAACCUAAAAAGUCCCUAAUUGACACCUUGAAAGGACUGAAAGCUCCCAAAGUCCCAAAUCUAUUCGGGAAAGGAAAAAACAAAGAAGAGGUGGAGGGAGAAAAGGGAGAAAAAGAAGGAGAAGAGGAGAAACUGUUGGAGAAAGAGGAUAAAGAGGGGGAAGAGGAGAAAGGGGAAGGGGAGGAAAAAGAUUCUGAUGGGAUAAAGGAUAGUGCUAAAUUUAAAAGAUAUUCAAUUCUUAAGACUAUCAGACACGCCGCUACCGGGGUCCCUGCCUUGUUCCGAGGGGAGGGAGAGGAGGUCGUAGAUGCUGGAAAGCAAGAAGAGAAGGAGGAGAAGGAGGAGAAGGGUGAGAAGGAAGAACUUCUUGACAAAAAAAGCUCUGAAGAUAUUUCUGAUACAAACAAGAAAGAUGGACUUCAGGAGAUAAAGCUUGAUAUAGAAAAGGAAGACGACGUAAAAAGUGUGGGCAGUGAGAAGAAGGACCCGGAAAAGGGAGGAGAAGAAGCAGAAGAUGAGAAGAAGAAGAAAAAGAAGAAGGGUUGCCAUCAUGUGUUCCAUCAAAGAUUCAAGAACCUGGAUGACCAGCAGAAGAUUGGGGUUGUUGGAAUGCUGACCGGACUCUUCCUUAUUCUCUUCAUCAUAGUUGUUGGCGUAGCAGCAGCUUCUGCACCUAAAGAAUGGCAAAAUACUCAUAGGCUGAUAAACGGAGGGGGCGUGGUUGAAUCUCUUACAGGGUGUGGCAAAGUCCUUGGUAAAGUGGAUGGAAAUAAUAUGUACUCUUUUAGAGGAAUACCUUACAGUGUUCAGGUUGAAAGAUUUGAGCACAGUAGAGUACCCAUGUCAUUGGAAGAAUGUGGCGAGAGACUUGAACGCCCCGUCAAUCAAUCAAUCACUUGUAUCCGCCGUACUGCUCAGAAAGACCUAGUUGGAGAAGAGAAUUGUCUAAACCUGGACGUGUUUACCUCCAGUGUAAUGUACAAGGACGCUAAACCGGUUAUUGUGUAUGUACCCGGCAACGAUGCUGAGAUAUUGCCGGACUCUGAACUCGCGAAGCAGAACGGGGUCGUCUUCGUUGUUGUAAACGUGAGACAAGGCGUGCUGGGUUUCCUUUCCCACUCAGUUCUUUCAGAAUCUGCAUAUCCUGAAACAAGUGGAAACUAUGGACUAGGUGACCUUGUCACAGCUCUUCAAUGGGUUCAGACAAAUAUUGGACAUUUUGGCGGGAAUCCAGGUUCAGUCACGCUCAUGGGACAUCAGCAAGGGGCGAGCCUGGUCACUGCAAUCACUGGUGUACAUAGAGCUCGUGGGUUGUACAACAGGAUUUGGGCAACAGGUGGAGCAGGACGGUUUAGUAACUCUAGCCUGGAGGAGGCUGAGAAGAACUGGGAGAAGGUUGUCAACAAGUUCUGCUCCGGUAACAUGGUCAGGGAGUGCAUUGAAGAUGUUGAUGUUGAACAACUUCUGGAUGCCGUGGAUCAGGUUUUUGAGGGCUUGAGUGUUGGUAACCUACCUCGGAAUGGAGGAGAGGAUAUGCUUGGACUGCUCACGCUGGAUUCACAUCUACUCACUCAACCCCUCCUCCAGACCUGGACAACGUCAGGAUUCGGAGUUCCAAUCAUAUUUGGAACAACUGCCCAGUCUGAGGCUGCCUGGGAUAACUUCCAGUUCCUGGAUUGGAACAACACAGACCUCUACGAGGAGAUGGUGGAGGGGUCCCUUGGCAGCUGGAGUAUAGAUCUUGCAUCUCAGGCACUUAGCAGAUACAACAACUCCAACAACUGGAUAAGUUACAUGACGAUGGUCUCAGAUAUCCGCUCAGUGUGCCCUCUUCAGGCUCUCACCAAGCUAACCCGUACACCCCUGUACGUAGCAACCAAUGCAAAUAUGGAGUCGGAGUUUGGUUUGGUAACCGACAGUUCGGCGGACAUUGCCGCAAUUUUUUCCAAAACAGAAACUGGCGCGUUUACGACAAAUAUGAAAAAACUCUUCUUUGAUUUUGUGAAGCAUCAAAAUUACUUUAAUGGCGUCCGAUUAAUUGGAGAGAAUAUAGAUUCAGUCAAAAAUAUGAGUAAUUGUGACUUUUGGCAAAAUUCUGAUCCAAAAUUAGUUCCUGAUUUUGGAAAAAUAUUUUAAAAUAGUUUUAGAAAAUAUAUAUAAAUUCAAAUAUUUUCCCUAAAGUCAAAGAUUAAACUGCCAUUUUUUCUGGUUCAAAUUUAAAAGUAAAUACUUUAAGUGACCUUUGAACUCUUUUGCAUUUUGCUUACAUUUAAAUUAUUUUAAGUAUCUAAAAAUCAUAACAAAAGUACAAAAAAAGAUUUUGAAAAAGCUUUACAAUUUUUAUCAAAUUUAAACAAAUAGCCCCGUCUUUUUAGGUUUCCAUCAUUUACUAGUCUUUUUUAAAUAUAUAUAGCUAGUCACCUUACCCCAUGCCUAAGAUAUCAUUUUGUAUACAAUCACUGGUGUUACAAUUUAUGUAACUAUAAUUAAAAAUAUAUUUUAAAGGGGUGUCAACAAAAUAAAGUUUUUCUUAAAUAAAAGUGGUUCUUAGAGACAGUACAGUACCCUUUUACCCUUCAUCUAAUAAACAAUGGCUAAAAACUAUUUUUCUCAGAGUCAUAUAACUGUAAAUUCUUAAUGGCACUCUUUAAGUGGAGGUUCACUUAAGAUAACGUUGACAGUCCCUUUAAAAAAAAACAAUAAUAAGUAUUUUCUAAUCUGGUCUUUUUACAAAAAUUUCUAAAUUUAAAAAUUUACAUUGAUAACCAGAAAGCUAUUGAAUAGGAUUGUGCAUUGAUAUUGUUACAAAGCAAAUAGCUUUACAAGUAAGUUAUUAAAUCACUGUAGAAUGUGUCUGUUUACACUGCACAAC